AACAGUUCAUGACCCCUGCCCGGAUAUUCGGAAAGAAAGCGUCGUACUGCAUACAAAAUUUCAUGGAAGGUGCUUCGAAAAAAAUCGGAUAACUAAAAAUCAAACAAAUAAAAACUAAUGUGAAUAUGACGGAUGAUAUCUUUAAAGCUCCAAGGACUAAAAGAAUGCCUGGCAAACGAGAUAUAGAGCCUGGUGGUGUUUCCCCUCCAAAGAAAGGACGCACUAAAGAUGACUUCUACACUUUCUGUUCCUGGGUCCUCACAUACACUCAAUAUGAACAGUGGAAACAAGACGAAAUCCGGUCCAGAGACAACACCAGUCCGCUUGACAGCGCAUCAAGCACGGCAGGGAGCUAUUCAUCAGAGUCCACCCUGUCCACCAGCAGUAAGGAAGACAACUCACCAAACCUGGAUCUUCACGACUCUGAGGAUGAGAGUUUCGAGUUGAUCACCUGUUUCUGUAUGAAACCAUACGCUGGGAGGCCAAUGAUCGAAUGCUCCGAGUGCAACACUUGGAUCCACCUGUCUUGUGCAAAGAUUCGCAAAACCAACAUACCAGACACUUUUGUGUGCAAUUUGUGCAAAGAGAAACAAUUCAAAUCCAGGAAGUCAAGUCGUGUGAGAAUAGAAAAUAAGCGGAUCACUGUAUAGCAAGAGACUUUGAAAUUUUAACAUAGAGACUCAUAUACAUAUAUUAUCAUUACCAUUUCUUAUGUUACUUUGUCAACUGCUAGCUAUGUACCAGAAUUGGAUUCUACCAGAAUUGGACAUGAUCAGGUCUUCUUUGACAAUACAAUAUCUGUAUUUAAUACUAUUUUUAGUAAUUGUCUAACCAGCAUCAGACCUGGUGGUAUCCAAUCAGGUUAUGUCUGAUCAUCCUGGUAUCCAAUCUGGAAUGAAGCCUUUCCAGAUUGACUCCAUUGUUAACUUUGUGUUAUUUGGUGCAUUGUUACUCUGGGAAUACUUAUACUUGCAGCAUCUGCAUGUAUUUUUCUAUCAUUGUUUAUUGACAGAUAUAUUUUUGAAUUGUUGAAAAACCAACAGAACAUUGGAACAUAUAGUAGCAUGCAACCAUUGUCAUACUACUUCUAGUAACAUGUACUUCCGACACUGUUAAAGAGUUAAUGAAUUUUUUGCCAGAAAUUGAGUUAAGAUUUAUUUAAUGACAUGACACCCAAGUUCUAUUUCUUGUCAUGAAAUAAGCAUAUCUUCAAGGGUAAUUAUAUUCAUUUUUUUCUGGGAUUUCAACUGGUUCAGUACGCUAUCAGCAGCAUGUUCAGGAUUUGAAGGAUCUCACAUUUUGCAUCACAUCAUCUUUCACCCUCUUUAAUGCAUGUAUUUCAUCUAGAACUACUUAUAUGGUUUUUCAUGCUUUUGUUUAUUUAUGAUUCAUUGUUUACGUCUCUGAAUGAAAUUAUUUACAUGCAGCAAGUGAUAUUUAUUAACUCCACAAUGUCGUCAUUAUUUACUAUCUGCCUUAUAGGCAGAAGUGUUUUUUAACACUUCAUCAUUCACCAAACUGACUGAAACAAGAUGUUAUUAUAAAACAGCAACGUAUCAAAAUGAGCAUGUUUCUAGAGUUUCUAGAGCCAAGGCAAGUUGUUUUAUUGGAAGUGAGGUGGGGCAUUAAACCAGGCAAUGUGCUAGUUUUACCUUAUCAGAAUUUUAUGUGUUACGUUAUUUUUAUUCUGUUUUAUGUACAUGUACCGGUAGUUUGUGCUGUCAUUAAGUCCCUAUCAAGUGUUGGUUUCUUUAAAAUCCUGUUGAUCCUUAAUGUUGUGGUUAUCAGAGCAAUGUUGAUGAAACAGUGCCCCCUUUAUUGAAAUGGACAACAAAUACAUCUCUGUUUUCUUUCCAUAAUUUUAAAGUUUUCUCCCUACUGGAAACUAUAAUUUAUCGAAAGUUGGGUUUUAAAUCUGCAUAUAUAAUAUAUAAAAUGAUACUUAUAGUAAACCAUUCAGAUAUUCUUUUUUGAGAUUUUAUUGCAUCUGUUUUGAAUUCUGUCUGUAAAUAUCAUAGUAUUUAUAGGAGAUUGUUCUAUUUUAUUAUGCUCUGCGAAGGGAGAGCAAAUGGUCGACGCUUUUGUCGUUCCAUCAUCCGUCACACCCUUGUGCAAAGAAUUACUUUUUAACUUUUGAUGGGAUUUCAAUGAAACUUGAAACAUUGACAAAGUCAAAUAUGCACAAGUGCAGUGCACAAGAAAUUUUAUCUUAGGUGUAUUUAUCCCUCUAACUUUUACAGUAUGCAUUAAUAGAUAAACUGCAUGUCCGGUCCAUAACACAAAAAGUACUGAAGGAAUUGAAAUGAAACUUGAAUAGAAAGUAAUAAAAGGAAGUGCAGCCCCCAAUAAGUGUAAUCCUACAUUAAACAUACUGAUUUCUCUCCCCGUAACCACUUUUUUAUACUUAAUUUUUGUCCCGAGCACUAAUCAAGUCUUUAUGGUAUUGAUUCCAAACUCAAUAUACUUAUAGAUCAUACUGAGGAGAAGUACAUUGUACAGGAACCGUAACUGUCUCUCUUGUCUUCAGAGUUAUUGUCAUUUGUUCAUUUCUGUACUUAAUGUUUGGCCAGAGCAUAACUCCAAAAAUGUCUUUAAGGUAUUAACUUCAGUUUUUAUAUACAGAUCAGUGCACAAGAACUAUAAUUAUUUUUGUUUUAGUGUUUUAACAAUAAUUACCCAUUGCUCAUUUUUAUACUGUUUUGGUGAGGAGCAUAUUCUUAUGUCUUCCCUUGCUUUUAAAUCAACACUUCAAAUUCUUCAAUGGCAUUCUGUGACUGCUUGUCUAGUUUGCCCUUUUCUUCAAAAUUUUCUGUGUCUGCUCUUUUAUUCCGCAAAUGAAAUAAAUAGUUUCAAAAUUGCUUGACACAAAUCUCUACUUUUGCCAUUUGUAAAACAGGUAGUUUUAAAGAACAACUUAAUAGGUACUAGUUUCCUAUUUGCACUGUCACUAUUAGUACCCUGUCAGGGUGCAUACAUAAUUUCCAACGAAAGUAAUAUUUUAUUGGGCAUGAAAUCUAAAAUUUGUAUAAAGUGUAAAUAUUAUUCAUGUUACUAGGUUUCAUGAACUUCAUUUAUUGUUAGAUGAUGUGUACAUACAUUUAUGUUUGUAUAGUUAACUAGGGUCAUGUGAAAUUAUACAGAGAAUGGUCAGCAAUAAGUUUCUCAUAUUUUGAAAGUGCUUGAAAUAGCUUUCAGAAUGUUAACAAGCUAUUCCAAAAUCACAAAGGACAUUCAUCUGCAUUUCAUUAUCAAAACAAUGUUAUUUCGUUCACUGAAUGUGCAUGGGAGUUUGUAUCAUGUCUUACUCUUCAGGUGCCCUUAAUUUUUUUGUUUCGUGGGAACUCAGUUCAUUUAUAUAUUCAUACAUAUUGUUAGCAAUGAAUUCAUUAUCUUGUUACUUUUUGUCCCAUUCAUAUCAUGAUAAGAAUGUUCCUCCAUUGUUACUGUAAUUACUUGAUAAGUGUUAUUUGUACAAAGUUGAUACUUACUUAUUAAAGCAUUUUAUGGCA